CCUUGCUUAAUUUAUUCUUAUUAUGGCUUCAAAGCAACAGAUUAGAAGAGAGAACCAGACUGACGAAAGAUCAUCAGCCCAAGUUGAGAAGGACAGAGUCCCGAAAAUGGCCAGCCAAUUCGAGGCUAUGGCCGAGAAGUCUCCGGAAACCACUGUGACCGCGGCGGAAGGCAAAGGCGGGCGUGAAAGGGGGGAAGCCCGCGACACAAAGAACAGUGGAACCGCAAUUGGCGGUGCGCAGCAACAUCCGGUUAAAGUUGGCGGCCAGGCGCCGACUCCCGGCCAUCAAGUGUUUAAGGAGAAGCCCGGUGGCGUGGAAUUUGAGGCGGCUAGCGGUGGAGGACUGGGGAGGAACAACAAUGAUGACGAAAUUUUGGAAGAGAUAGGGAAGGCCCGGCAAGAGGCUCAGCAGAACUCCAUAAAUUCCCUUCGGGCGGCUCAGGAGAAGUACGAGACCGCCAAGGAAAGGGCAAGCCAUGCUCUGGGCACCGCCGGAGAAAAGGCGAAAGGCACAACCAAGGAAGGGUCUCGAUACGUCCUCGACAAGGCCAACGCCGCGAAGGACACUGCCCUUCAGAAGGGUCAACAAGCCUAUGAGAUGACCAAAGACACUCUCUCCGGUGCUGGCAAAACAACCAAGGACUACACCGCCCCCAAGACGGACCAGGCGAAGGACGCUCUCACGAAGGCCGGUGAGGUCGCGAAGGAGUACACCCUAUCCGCAAAAGACCGCGGAGCCGAACUGAGCAAGAGCGCCGCGAGCUACGCGGGGCAGAAGGCGGUGGAGGCGAAGGACGCCACGGUGGAAGGCGGGAAAGUGGCGGCACAGUAUGCCGGGAAGGUGGCGGAGACGGUGAAGGAUAAGGCGACCGUUGCCGGUUGGGAGGCUGCUCGUUUCACGGCCGAAAAGGCUGCCGGCGCCACUAACGUUGCCGCUGGAGUGGCGGCAACCGCGGCAGGGUAUGCCGGAAAAACGGCUAUUGCCGCCAAGGACGUGGUGGCCGGGGCCGGAAACAGUGCGGCGGGUUACGCUGGCGACAAGCUGGCUGCUGCGAAGGAUUAUGUGGUGUCCGCUGAAGAAAGCGCAGCAGAGUAUGCCGCUAGAAAAAAAGCUGAAGCUCAGAGAGAAGCACAAGCUAAGAAACCUGCAGACUCCAAGGGAGAAGGCGGAGGGGGGAGCAUAUUCGGCAGGAAGCAAGAAGCUGCAAGUGGAGGAGAAGGGGGGAAGACAAGGGAAAUGGCGGUGGGGGCACCCAAGGUGGUGGUGUCAGAGGGAGGCGGCGAGGAGAGCGGGGGGAUUCUCCAAGCCAUUGGGGAGACUAUAGUUGAAAUUGGCCAGACUACUAAAGGCCUUGUCAUCGGCAGUCCUAAUGAUGACGAUGAUUUGCGGCAGAGCUAUGAUGAUGACACCGCGGGUGCCACCGGAAGGAGUGAAGAGAUGAGAGGCCGUGUUCAGAGUUCAGAGACUUCUGAGACUUCUGAGAGUUCACAACACAUGUUGGUUUAUGAUAUUAUUGUGCACCAUGAUGGGGUUUUAGGGGAAUUUGGAUACUACGAUGAAAAGAAAUUUUUGUUGACUGUGGAUGUUGAUAGAAUGUAUGAUACAUGGGAAAUGUCAAGGUGUGGGUGUGAGUAUGGUUCUGUUCAUCUGUAUGUUGAGAGUGUAGGUGAAGAAUCUGAGGGGAUAUUACAUGAGGAAGACAAAGGUGAACCAUCAUCAGUGAUUGGGGAUGAACCAUCACCUGUUGAUUUACAACAAGAGAACAAGAGUGAACCAACAGUGGUUGAAGAGAACAAGAGUGAUCCACAAGAGGACAAGAGUGAACCAUCAAUACUUGAAGAGGACAAGAGUGAACCACCAGUGGUUGAAGAUGAAAGAGUGAAUGAAAAUUGGGGCUUUGCUUCUGAUAAUGGGUGGCAGAGUGUGUCAAUGAAUAUAAAUAUGAAUGAUAUGACAAACUUGUCUUUAAAUGAGAACUGGGACUUUGUUUAUGAUGACUGGACUAUGGCUCCUGAAACUGUCAACAACACCAAUGGAGAUGGCCAAAUGGGUGGCCAGCCAGGUGAAACAGGGGAUGGGGGUGAAGAUGAUGUUGAGGAUGGUGAUGAUGAAGGGGGUUCUGAGAAUGAAGAUGUUGUUGAUGAAGGAGGUUCCAAGAUAAAAGGUCAACAUGUAGGAGCUGAAGGUGAACAUGUAGAUAAUAAUUUAUAUGAUGAUGACUACAUGGUGGAGAUUGGUGAUGAGGAUUAUACUGAGAAUCCAGAAGAGUUCAAUCUGUUUAGAGAAGGGCAUAAAAAAGAACUACACACAGAAUCUGACAAUGAAAAUGGAGGUGGGGAGAGAUAUCCUUCAUUUGAUGCAAAAUUGGACAUGGGUAAAGACAAAUUCAAGGGACUUGUUAUAGUCAUUCAUAGACUAUUUCCCAAAGCUGAGCAUAGAAUGUGUGUGAGGUACUUUUACACCAAUUUCAGGAAUCAGUUUAGAGGUACGAAGUUAAAGGACUUGCUUUGGGAUUGUGCUAGAGCCUCUUACCCAGCCAAGCUUGCAUCUUGUCUAAGCAAGCUUGAAGAAAGCAUAGAUGACUAUGUUGAUAAGCAGUACUUAGUGUCCAACUACAUUGAUCUCCACAACCACUAUAUCAACCCUAUCAAUAUGAUGGAAAUGUGGCUUCAUGAUGAAACUGAACCUCCAAUUCUCCCACCACCACCUCCACCUAAAGAAAAGGGAAAGAAGCAGAAGGCAAGAAGAAAAGAAGCAGAGGAGCUUGAGAAAGGAAAAUCCUCAAGCCAAGCACCAUCCACCCAAGAUGCAGGUUCCUCACAGCACAAUGAAGGAGGAAGGUUAAGCAAAAAAGGAAAGGUGCGCAUGAAAUGCACUGUCUGUGGUGAAAUUGGCCACAACAAAAGGUCUCACUCAAGUAAAGGGAAUGGAGAAUCAACAGACAAGAGAAAGGGUAAAAAGAAAGCAACAACAGCUGGAGACGGAACAAGAAAGAGGAAAGAAGCACCAGUGAAGGGGAAGACAAAAAAGAGAAGCAAAUCAGGUCCAACAGAAGAAGAUCAUCCUGCUCCAAUUUAGUAUAAUUCACAAUGUUGCAGUUGUGGUUUUUUGGAUUUUGGUAGCUGGACAUAGAAGGUGGUCAUUUGGGUUUUUGGUAGCCCUAUGUUCGUACUUUUUUUUGUAAAUGGGCAGUCUUUGUGCCUUUCUUGUUGUCGUUUUUGGUUUUUGUUUGAUUGACAGCUAGUAAGGGAAGUCUUUUUGUAAAUGGGCAAACUUGUUAGAUUCCAAUAUGUGAAAUGAAGCAUUUUGUAAAGU